AAUCCCGCAGUCAGAAACGUACUUCAAGCUGAGUUUACGAGCAAUUUUUGGGAUUGUCGUAUUUGGCACAAUAACUGGUUUGUUAAUACAGAAUUUGAAUAUUGUCGAACAGACACAUCCUGUCAAAGGUUUUCACCCUGCGCUCAACAUGACAAAUCGGAAGAAAUAAGUACGUAAAGGAGAACAACAUUCUCUUUAAGCACCAGUGCAGGUGAUCAGAAGGAUAAGGAAAGAAAGUAUGCUUCUCAAAGUUCGGGGCAAUUUCAAGAAUCGGGGACAAUUGAGAUGAAAUCACCUAAUCUGAAUGACGAGGAGUUUCACUCUGGCCAUAUGCCUGAUUAUUUGAAGUGUGACUCCUGCAGAGCAAUUUCUUAUCAGAUGCAGGAAUAUCUUUCGAAGUGGGAAUCAAAAAUCUCUGCAGUGAAAGAAGGGAAAGCGGUAUUGAAUGAAUCUGAUUACACCGAUGCUUUGGAGAAAUGCUGCUCCCAGAGUUGGGAAAAGCAUGGCGUAAUAGAGGUGAAUGGCAUUAAACGUCUAUCAGGCCCUGGACUAGAGACUGAAGAUUUUACAGGAGUGAUGGUGAUGAGUGGACCAUGGCCAGGACGGUUGUUCAAAAUGUGCCAGGCUUACCUCGGAGAGUUUUCAGAAGAGGACAUUUACAAUGAAUUCAGGAAAAAUCGAGACUAUUUAGAAGAUUUUCUCUGUUUUGGUAAAAAUGGAGCUUGCACCAAACAUAAAAGUUUCCAAACAGCAUUUAAGGAUGAAAUAUAACCAUUUUAUGUUGCCUGUUCAAAUGACAAGUGCACAUGAGGAAUUUGGGUGAUGGUGUGAGCAGGUGUUAGGGCUGGGGAGGGAAUCAGCGCAUUUUUAAAAUUCAUUCAAACUAAUUCAGGCCCAUACCCAAAUUUCUGGUAUUCACUCGUCAUAAAAUAAUAUAUAAUAGAUUAAUUAAUUCAUCUAAAUGUUAUUUAAAAUGCUGAUAGAUAGUCAUGCUUUUGUAUCCUUAUAAAUUAUCUUGCUGAUGUUCCAACACAUUCUUCCAUAUAAAUAUUGAGGCCCAGAAAUCAAUGGAAUCCAAUAGUACAUAGCCCUCACUACUUAAAAAGUCUGCGUUUAACUGUCAACUCUUUAAACUAACCAAAAAGCAAAAGCUGUUAAUUAUUUGCAUUAGUGUUAAAUUCAAAGUUGCCAUUUUGUUUCUUUAAUGCUCCAGUUUUAUAGGCAGAAACAGCUUGAGGCCAAUGUUUUGUUGGAAAAUGAAGUAAUGAUUGAUGUGACUUUCAAAUUGUGUGAACUCUAAGCCACCUAUGAUAAAUUGUUAUCUUUUCUAAUGGCCCUGUGUGCAGGCAUUAUUAAAGCUGAAACUAUGUCUGGACAAUUACAACUGACAUAACUUCUGCAAUGCUUUUGAAUUUAGGGAGACUGAAUUGUAAUGUUUGGGUCAUUCAUACCACCAAUACAAAUAUUCCACACUUUCAUUCAAUACUCUAGCAAUUUAUAUGAAUGUAUGUGUUCUAAAUAGGGACUGGAUCUGAAUUUAUGUGUAAGCAAAUGUGUUGUCAGUGGAGGUCUGGAGAACAAUCAGAUUCAUAAUCAUUUAUAGGUUAAGAUAUGUGUAAAUUGGUUUUAAUCUUUUUGAAAAUAGUUCUCUCUGCUUUUGAAUACUGUGACCCAUUUAUUAGUUUGAUUUCUUGCCGGAGUUGCCAUUCUUCACAGACAUGCCAAGACAGUGAAUAUCAGCAGAUAAUCUUUCCUGGCCUGGUGACAUUGGGGAUGUCUGGCUGGGGUGGAGGAGGGCACAAUAUAGAAACAUUACAGCUAAAUACACUAUUAUCUUCAUCUGUGAGCCAUAUGUACAUCCUUGAUCAAAUACCACAAGUGAAGAACUUCAAGUUGGCACAGCUUUACAAUCACCUUGGUUGGAAUCAGUGAAGAACAGUUACAUUGUCUGGUUAUACUUCACUUUCACUAACUUAUCGGUUGAGGAAAAGUACAGAUAAUUUAUAACCUGGAGAUAACAAUGGUAUUUAUUAUAAGUUCUAUUUAAAACCAUGUUUGAGACUGGACUUUCCACAGUUCACUGAAUAUUCUUUUAUUGACAUAUAGCUGAUAUUAUUCAGUGAUCACGUUUGUUCUGUGUGCAUUUGAAAUUUGCAAUUUAGAUUCAAAUACCAUGAGACAAGUGGAAAGGAUUCCCAAGAGAGGUACUGCAAGCAUGUUU